CUCCAUUGUGUGCAUGCGCGUGUGUGUUUGUGUGUGAGUGUGUUUGUGCGUCCUCCUCAUCCUCACGCGAAGCAACGACCUGAGGAGAUUUAACGUGUGAACAGUCCUCAGAUUGAGGCUGAGCACUUCUGUGAAAACGUGCUUCAUUUGUUGGAGACGGAUUCGAUCGUGUGGGAGAAAAUGUACACCGUCGUCUUCCUCGUCACAAAACCACCAGUUUUGCAGUUCAGUGUGAAUGUACAGCACCACCUGAUGGACUCCGAGCUCUACAGCAGCAGAUGAGAAUCUGUUUUGGGUUCGCUGAGGGUCACACUAAAUCAGAUUCUUCAGAGACCUGGGCUGUCUAUAUCUCUGGACAUCCUGAGAGGAGAGUUUCUUCUACCUACAGAAAGGCAGGUUAACAUCUCUUAAGUCCAAUUCAUUGUGCAAAACCAUCAGCCACUGCACAUGAAAUCAGCUUGAUUGCAUGCCAGCAAGAAGAUAAAAGGCUCGGAGUGUCCCACCUUCCCGAGGAGGAUGAUUGACGUGUUCGGAGAGGACCGAGGUGGGACUUGCGCGCUCCUUCUUCUCCAAUCGUGGCUCUCGGGGGCGGAGGCUUUUCAUCCAUACUCUGAUUAUGAGUCAGUUACCAGACAUAAGCGAAACAAUAACAGUUGGUGGUUACUUUGUAUCCGAAAACCCUCCACUGGCAAGUUGAGUCUCAAGCGCGUUUUUGGCGCAUCGGGCUCUCGAGUAUAACGGAGGUUUCAUAAGAGGAGCUCAACGCGCUCCACUUUUAAUAAGAUUAGGAUCCUUUAAUGUUCAAUCCUGUUUUUUUUCCCUCCUCCUUCCCUACAGUAGCGGUGCAGGAGUGGCCAAAGCCAAAAGCAGCGAUUCAGAUCAGAUUUCACCUAAACCAGCUGGGAGAGAGACCGAGAGAGAGAGAGGGGGAGAGAGAGAGAGAGAGAGCGAGCGGAGAGAGGGUUUGUCAGCCUCCCUCCUCCCAAAUCCAGAAAAGCUUACCAAGGAAAAAGGAGGAGUGUCGGGGCUGAGAGAGACGCAGAGGAAUCCGGAGGAAUUUCCGAGGAUAUUUUCUCUUCUUCUUCCUUUUCUUCUUCUUUUCCCUCCGUCUUGAUAUUUAUUUAUUUUUUUUAUUUAAAAAAAAAGUUGGAGGCGAGGCAGCGGGGACCGUGGUCAAGGAUGGACGAGCAGCCUCGGUUGAUGCACUCCCACGGGGUAGGCAUGGCCGGACACCCCGGCCUGGCGCAGCAUAUGCAGGAUGGCACGGCGGGGACGGACGGAGAGGGAAGAAAGCAGGACAUCGGAGACAUAUUACAGCAAAUAAUGACCAUCACAGACCAAAGCUUAGACGAAGCACAGGCGAGGAAACAUGCACUGAACUGCCACAGAAUGAAACCUGCUCUCUUCAAUGUCUUGUGUGAAAUAAAGGAAAAAACAGUGCUCAGUAUCAGAGGAGCCCAGGAGGAGGAGCCUCCAGAUCCCCAGCUGAUGCGACUGGACAACAUGCUGCUGGCGGAGGGCGUGGCCGGGCCGGAGAAAGGCGGCGGGUCGGCGGCUGCAGCGGCCGCCGCAGCGGCCACCGGCGGCGUAGGUGCCGACAACUCAGCAGAACACUCCGACUACCGGGCCAAGCUGUCUCAGAUCCGACAAAUUUACCACACGGAGCUGGAGAAGUAUGAACAGGCGUGCAAUGAGUUCACCACCCAUGUGAUGAACCUGCUGAGGGAGCAGUCUCGAACACGACCCAUCUCGCCCAAAGAGAUCGAGCGCAUGGUCAGCAUCAUCCACCGCAAGUUCAGCUCCAUCCAGAUGCAGCUGAAACAGAGCACCUGCGAGGCCGUCAUGAUCCUGCGCUCACGCUUUCUCGAUGCCAGGCGAAAGAGGAGGAACUUCAACAAACAGGCGACAGAGAUCCUCAACGAGUACUUCUACUCCCAUCUCAGUAAUCCUUAUCCCAGCGAGGAGGCCAAAGAAGAACUGGCCAAGAAGUGCGGCAUCACAGUGUCACAGGUAUCAAACUGGUUCGGGAACAAGAGAAUCCGAUACAAGAAAAACAUUGGCAAGUUCCAAGAAGAGGCCAACAUGUACGCAGCAAGGACCGCGGUCAACGCAACCAGCGUGUCUGCCCAUGGCAGUCAGGCAAACUCCCCAUCAACUCCCAAUUCAGCAGGUUCUGCUGGCUCUUUUAACAUGUCAAACUCCGGAGACUUGUUCAUGAGUGUGCAGUCCCUCAAUGGGGACUCGUACCAAGGGGGGCAGGUUGGGGCCAACAUACAAUCCCAGGUGGAUACCCUUCGCCAUGUUAUCAGCCAGACCGGCGGAUACAGUGACAGCCUUGCAGCCAGCCAGAUGUACAGUCCACAGGGCAUCAACGUAAGACCUACAAACGGUGGCUGGCAAGAUGCUCCAACUCCUUCGUCAGUGACAUCGCCCACAGAAGGACCCGGAAGUGUUCAUUCGGAUACGUCCAACUGAAUAUAUCCAUCUCUACACCUCAUCCACACACACACACACACACACACACACACACACAAAAACAAACAAAAAAAAAACAAAACAAAAACAAAAACAAAAAACAUGGACUGACCUUGCUAUUCACAGUAUUAAAGGAAUUCACUGUCCCACAGUUUGGAGAGUUACUGUGAAAUCCUAACUAAGAAAAAAAAAAGAAGAAUAAUAUUUCCUCUGCUUAUAACGUUGGACAUUUGGGAUACAAACAAAAAGUUUCACAUUAAAAAUCAAAACAAUACUGCGAACAAUGGAGACAUUUGUACAGAUUUCACAUUAUAUUCAGAGGGCUGGGGUUACUUAUUCACUCGUAAUGUUUUCACUCAUUAUGAUGAAAUGAUAUGAUAAAGUAAAUAAAUCAAAUCAUUGGUUUUAACUGAAAAUACUUCAUUCUACCUCUCAGCCACUUAAAAAAAAAGUUGAAAAAAUGUCAGUGACCAUUAUUUGUUUUGUAAAAAUGAAACUUUUGUCUUUGCAAGCAAGAGGCACAUCUUCUUACUUACAUUUUGUUGUCUCUCACCUAUUCUAUGGUACGCCAUUUAGACUUAAAUAUUGCUCAGUUGUUUACAAUGUGUGCUUGAUAAAAGUAUGUUCAUCUUCCCCUCUGUCUCAGACGAGUCAAAACACAGAGUUCUGUCGGGAGAUUUUACCUCUAAGGUAACCCUGUGAAGUAUGUUAUCUGUAAAACAAUAAAUAAAUACUUGUCAUCAAAUCGGACAAGCUUGACAUCAUUCAUUAAGACAGAGGAUUUAUUAACGUAAAACUAAUUAUAUCACACCCUGUUGGUUUUGGUUCUGCAGCAUAUUGGUGGAGUGGCCAUCACUGAAUUGCAGUCACUCUGACGCAAUGAGAAAAACAGGAUUUUUCUCCUUUUCUGUUUUUAAUUUACUUGAAUCCUUCAUGGUAUUUUUAUUCGUUUCCCACCAUCACCACUGCAGAAGGAAGUUUUUGAUGAUGCCAAAAUGCUGACGUAACCAAAACAAAACUGUCAAGAGAAGUGUGUCAACAUGAAGCCAGUUUUAAUGUGUUAUUUCAUCGCGGAAUCAUUUCCUUUUCUACUGGUUUAAAUCACCAUCUUCUGUCAUUGAGCUCUGGUGCUACAAUCAAGUGAAUAGCAACUGUCCCACUGAAAGAAAUAUGAGAAGAAAUAUCACGCAAAAAGAAAGUUUGUCAAGGACGUCUGUAACUGAGUUUGUUUUUCAGUACAUGAACCACAAUCCACUUAAACAGGGAAGUCAUUAUGUUAAUAGAGUUUUACAUGCUUACACAGUGGAUCCUUGCUCCUGAAUCUACAGCACAGGUCCAGAGAUGCUUGCAGCACGGAGCCACUGAUCAUCGCCAUGAAAGAAGCAUCUGGAUGCACCUGAACUGCUGCUCAGCUGAGGACACUUUGAUGUAAAGAUAAUGUUACGUUCCAACGUUUUGUUGAAUCGUGUCCUCUCCUGGGCAUUUAUUAUUUACAUAUAAAUCGAUAUAUUAUUCUGCUGGUACUGCUUUAGUAACCCUAGAAUUGACACCAAAACAAAUGUAGACAUUUGAAUUCAUGCUUGUCUCAGUACUAUCAGACUGAUUUUUUUCAGUAUCAAACAUUUAUGAAGAUUGUAAAUGUUAACCAUUAAGCACUAAAGAAGGGACAAGUCAUUAUGUCAAAUGAUGUGUUUUCUGAGCAGUCUAAUCUUGUUUAUAGACACUUUUUAUGUUGUGUGGCCUAUUUGUUUUUUUGUAUUUUAUUGUUUUCUUUUUUAUUGUUAUGCUUAAUGUAGGCUAUUACUUUUUUGCUUUCCUACUCUCGUGAAUUAGCUCAUGAACUUUCAACAUGUGUUUAUGUGCACCAUUGUGCUUGACUUGCUUUGUUGGAAAGGGUUUUCAACACAUUAAAAAAUGAUAUGUAAUACAGCGAGA